AACUUUUUUUAAAAAUGCUGGCGGGGAAUGAGUUAAUAAAUAAGAAAAGUGUUUUGGUUUAAUAUUAGAUAUAUUUAUAUCAAUAUAAUUUCAUUAUAUCAUUUUAAAAUGCUAUAGUAAAUAUUUACAUAACAGAAUGAGUAGGUGUGUCCACUAUAGGGUUUAAAUAACUUCAUAUAUUCUAAAUGCAUUACACUAAUAUAAGUUAUGCAGAUGCAGUCACAGGUAAACAGACCAGUAGAUGGUGUUGUGUAUUAAUGGGAUGUUGUUGGUGAUGUGUUUCUGUCUUAGUAUUCACAAGUCUGUGCAUGAUUUAUUUGUGUGAUACCAGCUGACUGACUUAAAGAGGAAACAGAUAAAAUCUAGCUGAGUUGGUCUGUAGUCAAUUAAGUCAAUGUGUUGGCUGCCUAGGACGUCUCGGUAAAAGCUUACAGCACUUGUGUCUUAAGACCUGCGCUAUGUUGAAUCACACAGACGAGUGGAUUUACCACAGCUCUCACACGGAGAACGUUCUUCUUGCAUCCUUCUACAUCAUCAUCUUCAUCAUCUCCGUUCCGAGCAAUGCUUUAGCACUUUGGGUGUUCGGUUGCUAUAACAACCACAAAACCACUUCCAAAGUGUUUCUGAUGCACCUGGCAAUAGCUGACGUCUCUUACAUCUUGGUGCUCCCCAUGCGGAUGAUCUACCAUAUCUCCGGCAGUCACUGGUCUCUUGGGGAGGGGGCCUGUCGCGUGGUCGGCUACCUGUUCUUUGUCAACCUCUACUGCAGCAUGUUCUUUAUGACUUUGAUCAGUAUUGACCGCCUCUUGGCUUGUGUCAUACCCCACAAGACUCAAAAUCUGAGAAAUACAAGGAAUGCUAAAGUGGCCUGUGUGGUGAUGUGGAUCAUUGUGACCAUAUGCAUGGCACCCGUCCUGUUCUCCAAAAAACAAAUGACUAGACGCUUUAAAACGUGGAACGUGACGGUGUGUGAACAGCUUUACAUUGAAAAUUCAUCCAGUCUUAUCGGUGCAUUGGUGUCGACCGCCGUGGCGUUUUUUAUACCUCUGGUCACCAUGAUUGUGUCUUACAUUCUUAUAUUUUGUAAAGUCAAAAGUAUGACUUUGCAGGAAAGAAGGCCUUCCCUGCUUAAGGCUAAGAGAUUGAUUGUACUGACAGUGGUUAACUUCAUGAUCGCAUUUGUGCCGUACCAUAUCAACCGAUUUAUAUUUAUCAUUCAGCACAAUGACUUGUCGAAAUCAGAAAUGGAAAGACAAUCGUUGUACUUGGCAAAUCGCAUCACCUCAGCUUUAACAUGUGUAAGUGGUGUGUUGGACCCUGUCAUGUACUUCUUUUUGGCUAGAAAUUACCAAGAGACUCUGCUUCAGCUCUGCGGUAGGAACCCUAAAGAGGAACCAUCCACCACAUGAAGACACAAGAACGGCCUUAAAUUGUCUUCUCGUAGAUUAAUAAACAUACAGGUCGUGAUGCAUUCUGAGAUCUGGUUCCCCAGAAUCAGAUGUUUAGAGCAAAAGUAGAAGUUAAAAGUAGAACUGAAAAACAGUUCACUAUUAAAUUCAUUCAAAAAUGUACUUUCAGAUGUGUUGUAGGCUAAUGACUAACUUUGCUUUCAAUUUCCCAUCACAACAUCAUUUUUAGGGAAUCGGCUGAAUAACAUGACAUUUAGAUAUGACAUCAUCAUCAUCACAUGGAUUUGUCGCAGUAUUUUUAUGUUAUCUUAAAUUCUUCAGUUAGUUCAUGUAUAUAAUUUUCAAGUUGUUUUGUGAGCAUAUAA